AUGGCUACUGGGGGUGGAAUUAUACGGUCGAUCUUGUUUAGCUGGGCCUUGUUUCUUGCAGCGGCGGCUGUGGCGGCUUCCCAAGCCUUACCGGGUUGCCAAGAUAAGUGCGGAGAAGUGAGCAUUCCGUUUCCUUUCGGCUCAACACCGAGCUGUUACUUGAACGAGAAUUUCGCAAUCACUUGCAACCAUUCUUUCAGCCCCCCUCGGCCACAGUUACUUGGCAGUGACGUAGUUGUCACCAACAUAUCACUUGAAGGUCAGCUGGAAAUGUUGAAUUAUGUAGCUCAGGAUUGUUACGACCCCGACGGCACGCUCGUGAUGUGGAUAAACUCCGUGUUGUGGGCGGACAUGUUCACUAUCUCGAACGAUAAAAACAAGCUCACCGGCGUCGGCUGUGACACAGAGGCAAUCAUAACGGCUGAACGUGAGGACAUCGGUAGCGGAUAUUUCACCGGCUGCAUCUCGUAUUGCGACAAAAUGGAAACUACACUCGACCUUAAUGGUUCUUGCUCGGGUAUAGGAUGCUGCCAAAUCUCAAUUCCUAGUGGACUUAAGAAUCUCAACAUAUCCGUGACAAGUUUCAACAAUCAUACCAACGUAUCCGACUUUAAUCCUUGCGGUUACGCCUUUGUUACCGACGAGAGCAAGUUCAGUUUCAGCUUUAAAAGCUUUGAGGAGUUGGCCAACGUAGAAUCUCUUCCUUUGGUGCUCGAUUGGGCGAUCGGAAACGAAACUUGCAUGGUAGCCGAGCCUAAAUCCGGCUAUGCUUGUAAGGAAAAUAGCAUCUGCUACGAUCCUGUGAACAGGUCUGGUUAUAUCUGCAAGUGCAAGGAUGGCUACUAUGGGAACCCAUAUCUUCACAAUGGUUGCCAAGAUAUUGAUGAGUGCAAAGAUUCGAGUCUCCACAAUUGUAAUUCUGAGAGGGAUUGUGUUAAUACAAUGGGAAAUUAUACUUGUUCUUGCUCCAAAGGUUUUCAUGGCGAUGGCAGAAAAGGUGGAAUUGGCUGCAUACCAAAUGUAAUAAAUGUGAUUGGUAUCUUUUCCGGCUUAACUGUGCUAGUUUUUAUCGUGGGUUCUUCAUGGUUGCUCUUCAUACACAAGAAAAGGAGGCUAAUCAAAAUGAAGAAGAAAUUUUUCCGUCAAAACGGUGGUUUUCUGUUACAGCAAGAGCUAAACGAACGACAAGUAUCGACUGAAACCGUCAAGAUAUUUACAGCAGAAGAGCUUCAGAAAGCAACCAAGAACUACGACGAGAGCCAAAUCAUCGGCAAGGGAGGGUUCGGCACAGUUUACAAAGGUAUGUUGAAGAAAGGCACAAAGGUAGCUAUCAAGAAAUCCAAGGUUGUUGAUCAAAGUCAAAUAAAGCAGUUCAUCAACGAGGUCAUCAUUCUGUCCCAAAUAAACCAUCGAAAUGUUGUCAAGCUUUUAGGUUGUUGCUUGGAGACUGAGGUCCCAUUGUUGGUUUAUGAAUUUGUUUCCAAUGGUACCUUGUCCGAUCACAUCCACUGUGAAAACAAGGAUCGUUCGAUUUCAUGGGAGAUUCGGUUAAGGAUAGCUACGGAAUCAGCGCAAGUGCUGUCAUAUUUGCACUCUGCAGCUUCUACACCAAUCAUUCACAGAGAUGUGAAGCCUGCAAACAUACUGUUGGACAACAAUUACACCGCGAAAGUUUCCGAUUUCGGGGCUUCUCGAUUAGUUCCGUUGGAUCAAACGCAGUUAUCGACGUUGGUGCAAGGGACACUUGGAUAUUUGGACCCUGAGUACUUGCAGACGAGCCAAAUGAAUGAGAAGAGCGAUGUUUAUAGCUUUGGUGUAGUCCUUGUUGAGCUACUAACUAGCAAAAUGGCACUUACCUUUGACGCCCCCGAAGAAGAAAGGAAUUUGACCAACUAUUUUCUGAAAUCAAUGAGAGCUGGUGACUUGUUUCAGAUUGUAGAUGAAAAAGUGGCGAAGGGUGGAGAUAUUCGGCAGAUUAAACAAGUUGCAGAAGUAGCAAAGAGGUGCUUAAGAGUGAAAAGUGAUGAAAGGCCUACAAUGAAGGAAGUUGCAAUAGAGCUGGAGGGUCUAAGAAUGAGACACCAACAUCCAUGGGCUGAAGUUGCAGUGAAUCAAGAGGAAACACCCAUUAUUAUGUAUACAAGUGAAUGA